CACUUUCUGAGGCAAGCAGGUAAUUAAUAAUUUGUUCUAAAAGCUUUCACCGACAUCUUUUUUUUUCUGAUCUUCGUCGCCAGCAAUCUUGCCCGAUAUGACACUCUCCGCGUGGGCAAAAAGGUAUUUUAUAUGUAUUUAAUUUUCAUUGAGUUUUGAUACAAUAUUUGAUAUUUUAUCUAAGACUUCUCUUUUAAGUUGGAUCGGAGUGCAGGUCUUGGCGUCGAAGUAAAGCGAAGGAUACUCAUGGGUUCAUAUGCUCUUUCAGCGGGCCAUAGUGAUGCCUAUUAUAAGCGUGCCCAAAUGGUUCAGCAGGUUGUGGCAUUUGACCUCGCCUCGAAGUUGAAAACAUACGACGCGCUUCUGACUCCUGCAGCACCAACAGCUGCCUACUGCUUGGAGAAUAAGGUCAAGGAUCCACUUUCCAUGUUUUCAGGUGACAUGCUGACAGUUAAUGUGAAUCUUUCUGGUCUUCCGGCGAUUGUUGUCCGCAGUGGGCUGAUGGAAGUCGAGAACGAGUGUUUACCUUUUGGCUUGCAGUUUAUAGGUCGCCCCUUCAGGGAAGAUGACUUGCUGAAAAUUGCUCACGAGUUUGAGCUUUGUACAUGGAAUGCUCUCAAUGAUUCAUGGAGUUUUCGUUGACAAGUACGUCCAGGAGAGAUUCACCAUGUUAUCGGAGCUGAGCACUCAAGAUUCCUUCGGUUUCGCGUAGUGAGGUGUGGCAUGAGAUACACAAGUGAAGUAGUUUUCUCGCAAGAUAUAACGCCUUUGUAGGGGAGGGGAUAAGGAGUCUGUUCCGGAAGUUGAUAGCUACAUACGCAAAGCGGUUUAUUGAAAGUUAUCAUCGUCAUCUCUUUAAGCUUCCAACUCUAAUGUUCCAGACUUUUAGAGUGCGUCUUAAACAAAGUGAAUAUCUGUCCUCGUCAGAAAAAUAUAAGACUUCAGUGACAGCAACUUCAUACGCACAAUGAACACAAAAAUGUGGUGCCGCCAUUCUAUGCUGACAUGAAACAAUUUUCUAAAACAAAUUCCAAACCAGGAUGGGUGGGUUGAAACUAAUUAUUGUGUGCAUGAGUGACAAAGCGCCAAAGAACAAACCUGUAUAUAAAAGCUCUUAUGAAUUGCGGUACUGAUAUAUCUUGGAGAUGGCAUGAAGCAUGGUGACGAAUGCAAUAAAGCAAACACUAAUAACAAGAACAAGAACCUGCGAAUACGCACGAGAGAACACAUUCAAAUAUGCCAUGGGGGGGGGGGAAAUGAAAAUAAACUUGAUAAAAAAAACAUACUGGUGUUAUUUUGAGGCCUUGGGCCUCUUCAGUGUAGAACCGCAACAUCGACAUCCCGUUUCCAUUGUUGGCGGAACGAAACGGACCACUAACGCCACUUGUUCUGCGUCUAACUGCAUCUAUGACGAUACAGAAAGGUGAAAGGGUUAGAGUUACUGCUGAAUUCAGAAUAAACUCAAAGCACAAAGCGCGGUAAUAGUGAACGACUACAAAAAAACGUUUCAUAGCAAAGAUAGAUAGAUAGAUGAAAGCCAUUAAAAUAGGUCAAGAAAAUACUGCCCCACCGGACGAUGGCAUAGUUCUGACGGACGAAGUUCCAACAUGGUUCGAGGAAGUAGCUGAGCGGCUAGAUGCUCCAGACAUUG